AGCACAAACAAAGAAAUUUCAGCAGAGUUUCUUGGACCGCCAACUCGACAUCAAAUUUGAUUUAGAUAAAUAAAUCGCGGGAAACUUAUAACUUUUUUAUAAUUUAUCACUUGAUCAUCGCAAACUGUUGGCAAAAGCUGUAAAAAGAAAAAUAAUUUACGUCCUAAAUUUCGCGCGGUGGAUAGACGGCGAAUGUGAUGUUCUGUCAGCUGUGAAUCGUCCAUUUUGACGAGGAUUGACGCUGUCUAUAUCAGGUAACUUCUUUUGUAUUGGUCGGUCGUAAUUUGCAUAAAAUUAUAAAGACUGACAGCUAACUAUACUUUCUGAUUGGUACAAAGCUCGAUUUGGCGCUUUUAAUGCUGUUGAAUAUUUUAACUAAUAGCACAAAAAUUGGCUAUAAAAACGAGUAGUGAUCUUUUGUUAUUUCAAGCGAAAUUGCUUUAAAACGAGCAUCAUUGUAGGCCUAUCUAUUGAAACUAAUAACAUAGUCGCUUAAAUAUUCCGCCUAGAUUGUUCUCUAAUUGAAUAUGGUUUGUUCCAUACAUAAACAUAGACAAAAUGGAAAAAUUACAUUCUUAAUUACUUUCGGCUUUAAACUGUUUGUUCAUAUUAAAUUUCUUCUCGAAUUCUUCUCUUACUUAAACAAAGUAAAAGAACUUUUUAAUAAACUAAAGAAAAAGUAACUAGAUAUUCAUAAAAUGUUCCUUUUUGUAGUUAAAAUGCAAGCUCCUGCUAGCAAUCUUGGAUUGCCUUUAUAUACAACAACUACUCAUUAUGUUCCAAGUAGCGUUCAAAUUGAUUAUGCACAAUUGGCACAAGUUCAGAUGAUUCAAGCCACACCCCAAUUGCAACCAAUUCAUGCCAUGACUGCAACAACAGUAUCGAAUGCAAAUCAGCAGAUAAGUAAUCAAGUUAUUCAUUCAAAAGACCUUAAAGUCAGCGAUGAAGAUAAGAGUAAAAUUUUAAAACAUCCUCUCCUACAAUUGGUUGGACUGUUGUUAGAAAAGUGCGAAAGUUCGACCAAUAGUGAAAAUUGGCCGAACUCAGCAUCAGUAAACGAAGCAAUUGGUGAAUUUAUAAGGCAACACGCAGAGAAUGGAGCCGAUGUUCAAAAAUGUUUUACAACCGAUGAUGCCGAUUUAGAUGACAUAAUGAUGGACGCUAUUCAAGUUUUACGAAUACAUUUAUUCGAACUAGAAAAGGUUAAUGAACUAUGCCAAGACUUUUGUUCAAGAUAUACGUCGUGUUUAAAAGGUAAAUUAAAAAGUUCCAAGCUACUCAAAUCAGACGACGAAGACGAAGACGACGACCCAACUCCUUCCGUUUCUGCCGCUACUAAUACUAUUUAUCAAAUGGUGCAAACUGCUCAGGGCCUUGUCGCCCAACCAAUAAGUGUUCAGCAGAAUAUGGCGAAUGCUGACCUACAAUCUUCACUGCUCGAUGAUAAAGAUAAAAAGAGGGGUGUCUUACCAAAGAGUGCAACGCAAAUAAUGAAAACCUGGCUAUUUCAACAUAUAGUGCAUCCAUAUCCAACCGAAGAAGAAAAAAGGCAAAUAGCCGCUCAAACCAAUUUAACUUUAUUACAAGUAAACAACUGGUUUAUAAACGCCCGCCGAAGAAUUUUACAGCCUAUGCUUGACUCCUCCGACAGUAAACAACCCACGCAGAAAAAGAAAACCCCAGCCACUCAAUCAAGGCCUCAAAGAUUUUGGCCUGAUAAAUUAGCCAAUUUGCGACAGUCCUUUUCAGAAUCGAAUGGAAAUGAUUUAAUAUCUGAAGAUUUAGAGAGUAAACUCGACAAUGAAUACGUCUAG